GCAGCAAGGAGGACUAUGAGGACCAAGCUGUGGGCAGGAGCUAUGGUUCGCGCAGCAGUAACAAGUCUGGAUGGUGCAGAAAAGCUUCAAACAAGUUAAAAUUUAGGCAUCAGGCUCCCUGAAGUGUCGACUGCUCAACUUAAUCAUGAACGUGAUACAAAAAUGUUAAUAAAUAAACCAAGACCAUGGGAAAUUCGUAUGCUGGGCAACUGAAAUCUGCUCGAUUUGAAGAAGCUCUUCACAACUCCAUAGAAGCCUCUCUCAGAUGUAGUAAUGUGGUACCACGGCCUAUUUUUUCCCAGCUGUACUUGGACCCUGACCAGCAUCCUUUCUCCUCUGCAGAUGUAAAACCUAAAGUGGAGGAUCUGGAUAAAGAUUUGGUACACCGCUACACUCAAAAUGGAAGCCUGGAUUUUUCUAACAAUCUAACAGCGAAUGAAAUGGAAGAUGACGAAGAUGACGAAGAAAUGUCUGAUUCAAACAGCCCACCAAUUCCCUAUUCACAAAAACCUGCCCCAGAAGGAUCUUGCACUACAGAUGGUUUUUGUCAAGCAGGCAAGGAUUUGCGUUUGGUAUCACUGUGCAUGGAACAAAUCGAUAUCCCAGCUGGGUUCCUCUUGGUGGGGGCCAAAUCUCCCAACCUUCCUGAGCACAUCCUAGUCUGCGCUGUAGACAAGAGAUUUCUACCAGAUGAUCACGGAAAAAAUGCACUUUUAGGGUUUUCUGGAAACUGUAUUGGUUGUGGAGAAAGAGGAUUUCGGUAUUUCACGGAAUUUUCCAACCACAUCAACUUGAAGCUCACCACCCAGCCAAAGAAGCAGAAGCACUUAAAGUACUACCUAGUCAGAAGCUCCCAGGGUGUACUGUCAAAGGGACCUCUCAUCUGCUGGAAAGAAUGUAGAAGCCGACAAUCCUCUGCUCCUUGCCACUCUGUUAAAGCAAACUCUUCAGUGUCAUCAACUGUGACCCCAGAAAAUGGGACAACUAAUGGAUACAAAUCAGGAUUCACUCAGACAGAUUCUCCGAUUCUCAGCCCAGUUACUUCUGCAAUCAAUUUAAGUGGAGCCCAGGACCUGACCCGGAAUAAGAAUGUUGUGAAACCGCUGGCUUUAUCUUUGCAGGUGGUAGGGAAGACUUUUGCUGCAGAUGCUGCUAAUGGAAACAGUAGCCAUGGUGGGAAAGGCAGUGCAUCCAGCUCCACUCCGGCCCGCCCUGGGACUUACUCUUUGUCACCAAGACCCAGCUGUGCACCAGGAGACCAAGCUACUAUGUUUAUUUCUGGGCCACCAAAGAAACGGCACCGAGGAUGGUAUCCUGGGUCACCUGUCCCUCAACCUGGUUUAGUUGUACCUGUCCCUGCAGCUCGUCCUCUUUCAAGAACUGAGCCCUUUUUAUCUGCUCCAGUUGCACAGACCCCAUUAACUGGAAUUUUACAACCUCGGCCCAUUCCUGCGGGGGAAACUGUAAUUGUUCCUGAAAACCUGCUGAGUAACUCAGGAGUAAGACCAGUAAUUCUGAUAGGCUAUGGCACUUUACCCUAUUUCUAUGGAAAUGUUGGUGACAUUGUGGUGAGUCCUCUGCUGGUAAAUUGCUACAAGAUUCCACCGUUGGAAAGCAAAGAUUUGGAACAACUAGGAUUGACUGGCAGCCAACUCCUGAGCGUGGAAAACAUGAUUCUGCUAACCAUACAGUAUCUCGUACGGCUGGGUCCUGAUCAGAUACCUCUCAGGGAAGAAUUUGAGCAAAUUAUGCUGAAAGCUAUGCAGGAAUUUACUCUGAGAGAGAGAACCCUGCAGAUGGGUGCUCAGUGCAUCCCUGUGACACCAGGACAACUCCCCUGGCUUGCUAGAUUAAUUGCGAGUGUAUCUCAAGACUUGGUUCAUGUGAUUGUGACCCAAAACUCUUUGGCGGAGGGCAUUUCAGAGACAUUGAGGACGCUCAGUGAAAUGAGACACUAUCAAAGACUACCAGAUUAUGUCGUGGCAAUUUGUGCAUCAAAAAUCAGAGGAAAUGAAUUUUGUGUGGUAGUAUUAGGUCAGCAUCAGUCCCGAGCUCUGGCAGAGAGCAUGCUCACCACCAGUGAGUUUUUGAAAGAAAUUAGUUAUGAGCUCAUCACAGGAAAGGUCAGUUUCCUGGCAUCACAUUUCAAAACCACGUCUUUAGGCGAUGACCUGGACAAGCUGCUAGAAAAAAUGCAACAAAGGAGAGGAGACAGUGUGGUUACCCCUUUCAAUGGAGACCUUAAUGAAUGUGUAUCACCUCAGGAAGCUGCUGCUAUGAUUCCCACACAAAACCUGGAUUUAGAUCAUGAAACCUUCCAAAUUUAUCAACCACAGCUUACAGUUGCCAGAAAACUGUUGUCCCAGGUGUGUGCUAUAGCAGAUAGUGGCAGCCAGAGCCUGGACCUCGGCCACUUCAGCAAAGUGGACUUUAUCAUCAUUGUCCCAAGAUCGGAGGUUCUGGUCCAGCAGACUCUUCAACGGAUUCGACAAUCAGGUGUCCUUGUAGACUUGGGUCUGGAGGAAAAUGGGACAGCUCAUCAGAGAGCAGAGAAAUAUGUUGUUCGUCUAGACAAUGAGAUUCAAACCAAGUUUGAAGUUUUUAUGAGGAGAGUGAAGCAGAACCCAUACACACUGUUUGUGCUGGUUCAUGACAACUCCCAUGUGGAACUAACGAGUGUCAUUUCGGGCUCUUUGUCACAUGGUGAACCCAGUCAUGGAUUGGCUGACAGAGUCAUUAAUUGCAGAGAAGUUCUGGAAGCUUUCAACCUCCUGGUGCUCCAGGUUAGCUCCUUCCCAUACACUCUUCAGACCCAACAGUCCCGAAUCAGCUCUAGCAAUGAGGUUCACUGGAUUCAGCUGGAUACCGUGGAGGACACUGGCUGCGAGGAAAAACUGUACUUCGGCCUGAAUGAGUACAGCAAGUCUUUGCAGUGGGGGAUCACAAGCCCACUCCUGAGAUGUGAUGAAACGUUUGAAAAAAUGGUCAACACGCUCUUGGAGAGGUACCCCCGGCUGCACAGCAUGGUCGUCCGCUGCUACCUGCUCAUCCAGCAGUACUCUGAGGCUCUGAUGGCUCUUACCACCAUGGCGGCUCUCCGAGACCAUAGCACACCGGAAACGCUCAGCAUUAUGGAGGACCUCAUCAGCUCCCCAGGAAAAAACAAAAGUGGGAGGGGACACAUGCUUAUUAUCAGGGUGCCCUCAGUGCAGCUGGCCAUGUUAGCCAAGGAGCGGCUGCAGGAGGUGCGUGACAAGUUGGGUCUGCAGUAUCGCUUUGAGAUCAUCCUCGGGAACCCGGCCUCUGAACUCAGUGUUGCAACUCACUUCGUGGCGCGAUUAAAGACUUGGAGAGGAAAUGAACCAGAAGAGUGGGUCCCUCGGACAUACCAAGAUUUAGAAGGUUUACCUUGCAUUGUGAUCUUAACUGGCAAAGAUCCUCUGGGAGAAACCUUUCCCAGGUCUUUGAAGUACUGUGACCUCCGGCUAAUUGACUCAAGCUAUUUAACUCGCACAGCCUUGGAGCAAGAGGUGGGCCUGGCGUGCUGCUAUGUCUCAAAAGAGGUCAUCCGGGGACCCACUGUCGCCCUGGACCUCAGUGGGAAAGAGCAGGAGAGAACCACUGUGAGCGAGAAUGACUCCGAUGAGCUGCUGAUCGACCUGGAGCGGCCCCAGAGCAACAGCAGUGCUGUCACAGGAACCUCGGGUUCCUUCAUGGAGAAUGGGGUGAGCUCCUCCAGCACGGCCGACAAGUCCCAGAAGCAGUCCCUAACGCCCAGCUUCCAGAGCCCCGCCACCAGCGUGGGGCUGGACGAAGGGGUCUCUGCCAGUAUGGCUGUGGCAGGGGAGACCCUGAAGCAGGAGUGUGAUUCCCUGGGUCCCCAGAUGGCGAACAGCACCACCUCCAAGCCUUCAUCCUCAUCCUCCUCGGGGCCCCGGAGCCUCCCGUGGCCAGGACAGCCUAGCAGAGGCUGCAGGGGCCUGCACGUGGCCCUGCCUCCGGUAGUGAUAUUAUCCAAAGCGGCCUACAGCCUCCUGGGCUCCCAGAAAGGCGGCAAGCCGUCGUCCUCCUCGUCCCUGCUGCCCCACGCCGACGUGGCCUGGGUGAGCUCCCUGCGGCCGCUCCUGCACAAGGACAUCAGCAGCGAGGAGCAGUCCCUCUACUACAGGCAGUGGACCUCGGCUCGGCAGCAGCUGACUACGGCAACCAGCCGGACCCGGCCUCUGGCGCCCGGACCUUCCACCCCCGGCGGCUGCUGCUGACCGGACCUCCGCAGGUGGGAAAGACUGGCUCCUAUUUGCAGUUCCUUAGGAUCCUCUUCCGCAUGCUCAUCAGGCUCCUGGAGGUGGAUGUGUAUGACGAAGAGGAGAUCAACACCGAUCACAGCGAAAGCAGUGAAGUAAGCCAGUCCGAGGGCGAGCCCUGGCCUGACAUCGAGAGCUUCAGUAAAAUGCCUUUUGAUGUCAGCGUGCAUGAUCCCAAGUACAGUUUGAUGAGCCUGAUAUAUACUGAGAAGCUGGCAGGGGUCAAACAAGAAGUGAUACAAGAAUCCAAGGUGGAGGAGCCCAGGAAACGAGAAACGGUGUCCAUGAUGCUGACCAAAUACGCCGCGUACAACACCUUCCACCACUGUGAGCAGUGCCACCAGUACAUGGACUUCACCUCCGCCUCCCAGAUGUCUGACUCCACUCUUCAUGCAUUCACGUUCUCUUCCUCUAUGCUGGGAGAAGAGGUUCAGCUCUACUUCAUCAUUCCAAAAUCCAAAGAGAGUCAUUUUGUCUUCAGCAAGCAGGGCAAACACCUGGAGAGCAUGCGGCUGCCCCUGGUUUCAGACAAGAAUCUGAAUGCAGUCAAGAGCCCUAUUUUCACUCCUUCCAGUGGUCGCCAUGAACACGGGCUCCUAAACCUCUUCCACGCCAUGGAGGGCAUCAGCCACCUUCACCUUCUGGUGGUCAAAGAAUAUGAGAUGCCACUGUACCGCAAGUACUGGCCCAACCACAUCAUGCUGGUGCUUCCUGGCAUGUUCAAUAAUGCAGGCGUGGGUGCUGCCAGGUUCCUCAUCAAGGAGCUGUCAUAUCACAACCUGGAACUGGAGAGGAACCGCCUGGAGGAGAUGGGAGUUAAACGCCAGUGUGUGUGGCCAUUCAUCGUCGUGAUGGAUGACUCAUGUGUCCUAUGGAACAUUCACAGCAUUCAGGAGCAGACCAGCCAGUCCAUGGAAGCAGGAGUUUCUAGUAAGAAUGUGUCCUUGAAGAGUGUCCUGCAGCAUAUUGAGGCCACACCAAAAAUCAUCCACUACGCAAUCCUGGGCAUACAAAAGUGGAGCAGCAAGCUGACUUCUCAGAGCCUAAAGGCCCCGUUUUCUAGGUGCCAUGUGCAUGAUUUCAUUCUCCUCAACAUAGAUUUGACUCAGAAUGUGCAGUAUGACUUCAACAGGUAUUUUUGUGAAGACGUUGACUUUAACCUGAGAACAAACAGUAGUGGCCUGCUCAUCUGUCGCUUUAAUAACUUCAGUCUCAUGAAGAAACAUGUUCAGGUUGGCGGGCAAAGAGACUUUAUCAUUAAGCCAAAGAUCAUGGUGUCAGAGAACUUAGCACCCAUUUUGCCCCUUCAGUAUGUCUGUGCCCCCGACAGUGAACACACGCUCCUGGCAGCCCCUGCGCAGUUUCUCCUGGAGAAGUUCCUUCAGCAUGCCUCGUAUAAACUUUUCCCCAAAGCCAUCCAUAACUUCAGAAGUCCUGUGUUGGCCAUUGACUGCUACCUUAACAUUGGACCAGAGGUGGCCAUAUGUUACAUCAGCUCCAGACCCCACUCCAGCAAUGUCAACUGUGAAGGGGUGUUUUUCAGUGGACUCCUUUUGUACCUCUGUGACUCUUUUGUAGGUGCUGAUCUUCUUAAGAAAUUUAAGUUUCUAAAAGGUGCUACUUUGUGUGUCAUCUGCCAAGACAGAAGCUCCUUACGACAAACAAUUGUCCGCUUAGAGCUAGAGGAUGAGUGGCAGUUCCGCCUCCGGGACGAGUUUCAAACUGCUAACAGCAGUGAUGAUAAACCUCUCUUCUUUCUUACUGGACGCCAUGUAUGAGCUUUUGAAGAGACCAAAAACCG